AUGCAAGCUGAAACUCCGCCUGAAUUGCGGCAGUGUUUUCGAAAAACCGACGAGCCGGAUUUCCCGAUCGGGUUGAAAGGGGAAGAUGCGGGCGGAUCGGCGUUCCUGAUCGAUUGUGGCGGCUUCUACAAGGAUUUCCUGGCCGUCUGGCGAAGCGAGAACUUGUCCAUCUACGACGUCUUUACGAAGAGCCAAUUUUCUGCCUAUGCUUUUGAGAAGGGCAGCGUUGUACAGGAUGUGUUCUACCAUCAUUUGACUUCGGAGGAUCCAGCUGGGCACCCCGGCGUGAUUGUGGCUGUGAACAACGAUGAGAAGAAAAAGUAUCUGGUCUGCCUCUUGGCUCUGGUGCCGAAUGGUAGCGCCAAGCUGUUGAGCCGCAUCGUCAUCCAGCAUAAGAUUACAACCGUCCGUACUUUGAUCAGCAGCUUCCGUAUGGAGAAGGUCAAAGGCGCACUCCAUCCGAAAAUGGGCGCCAUGCCGAACAUCAUUGCGGUGGGCACGGAGAACGGGCAUUGUUACUUGGCCAACACCAUCGUGGGAGCAUUCGGCGAUGAGGAGAAUUUAGCCGAGGAAAAAACAGCCCGGUGGACGGACGCAUUAAAGGACUUCCACAGUAGAGACGACAAAGCCGAGUUCCUCUACGAUGCUGCCGGGAUGCGGAAUACGGUGAUUAAGCCUGUGGAUGAAGUCUCCGUCAGCUCUCUGGGCUUCGUGGACCGCGCUCGAGCCCUCGUCAUCGGCCUCAACUUUGGAGGGCUGGUGCUCGUCAGCCUCUCCUAUUGCCCCAGCAUUAUAACGGUACCGCACCCGAUGUUUGGAUCUGUGCCGAAGCACAUCGUGUCGAUGGUGCCCGAAAAUGACCCACGGCCGAGGCUAUACUUCGCCGUUUCGUUCGAUGCAAGUGCCAGGGCUGCCGGUUCUGUGUUCAUCUUCGCCAUGGAAUUUCCGGAGGACGAAAAGGAGCGUAUCAACGAUCCGUCAACCUGGGAGUACAAUGAGUUGCACGCGUUUCCGUAUCUGACGAUCUCCACGCCGGAUAUGAGGGUCUGGCUGUCGAUGCGGUGCAUUGUCGGAAACGAAUGCAAAUACCACAACGAUCCCAACGAAACGAUGUCCUUGGAUACAGGACCAAGUGCGGCGCAUUCUCGUACCCUGCUCUCAUUCUUCUACCUUUCCCGCGACUCGACCACACGCGAUUUGCGUCUAAUGGGUGGCCUCUACGAUCUGAACCAGCACUACUUCAAACGCCAAAUUCCAAAGAUGCUCGGUGACGGCUCACUGGCGGCCCAGUGCCCGUUCGUCUGCUUCUUCAAGCAAGACAUUGGUGACGACGACCAGAAAUUUUCUCUCACCCUCAACGACGUGCUAAUCGAUCCGAGCCAUGUUUCACGUUUCGUCUCGGAUGUCAGCACGGAGCUGGCCUUGUUCUAUCCAUCGACCUACCGUUUCCCGAACAUCUACCUAUCGAACGGCCGCAAACUGGCCCAAUACGCGGUGGACCCGCUACACGAACAGGUCUUGCAACGUAUCGCCAAGAAUCUGCGAACGCACGUCUGCGCCCCCGAAACCGCAAGUGAAUGGCUGAGCGCCAUCGGGCUGCUAGAGGCCCCGAGCGUCGACGCGAACAACUACAUCGGCAGCUGCAGGGCGCGUGUCCUUUUCAACGUUAUGCAGCACCUCGACACUAGCCAGAUCGUGGAUAUGUGCAACAGCCUCGACGAUCCAUUGCCGCCACCACUACUUGAAGAAAUUUUCUGCUGGAUUUGGAGGGAGACGGAGCGUCAGUUCCAGACGAUGCAAGACAUUACGGAUCCUCUCUUCCGCGGCAUUACAGCCGAAAUGAAUGAAGCGGAUCAACGUUCCCUGACCGCCUGCGAAUCAACCUUCCGCGCUGCGCAACGGCUCUUCUCCUCCUACAAGCGCUACCCCGCGGACCAAGGACCAAUCUGGGAACUGCGCACACACGCGGCACAAAGCUUCCUGCAAUACUUGUCGCUCGUCUACGCCUUCAUUUACAAUCGCCUUUUGCCCAUUGAUGAGCAGACGAGGCGCACGACGAAUUUGAUGCGGGAGAAGAUGGGUAAAAGGAUUCGGGCGGCUGAGCAAAAGAACAAGUCACUCUACUUGACGUCCAUCAUCGCCAAGAUAACAGACCAGAAAAGUGAUGAUAGCGGCAUGCUCUGGCUGACCGACGGCCUCCACUCUUACCCUCCUACGUUAUUGGACAUCGUUUCGUUGUUCCCGCUGUUCGAGACGAGCGAGCGGUGCAAGCGUGCCCUACUCAUCUACUACCUACUCGACUACUACAGCUGCAGCGGGUGCUCCGAACCCGCGCUGAAGAUGGAAGAAUUCGUGGCGACGGUCGGCCGAAAACUGAAGCUGACGUGGGACGAGGCCAAGAUCCAUUACCAAGGAUGGGUCAACGAUACGGCGCUCGAGCGGUGCGCCGGCGAGCCAAAUCAAGAUUUGGCCGAUUCCUUCGACAAUGGUCCCUUAGGCCGCGACCCAAAAGUGGAACUGAUGGAGAUGGUGUCGAAGCGGCUAGACACCUAUUUGCCAGAAGAAAAGCUCAAGAUACAGCGGCUCAUCCGGCGCGUAUAUGGCGAGCCGCUGGAUAAGAUAGUUUGGAAUGUUCUUCUCUUCGACCACGGGCUUGUCGACGAUUUUGAUACCGAGAUCUACGUUGAAGAGGGUUUGCACAAGGAUGCCUAUGUGGAGCGCUACCUCCUUGUCGCCAAUCAAAUCCGCCAUCAAGUCCGGGGCGGCUCGCUAGGCGCAAGGCAUAAGCUUUCCGACGAGACGCUCACCAAUCACUUGAAAAGAAAUUCCGAAGUCCAUCAUGAAGGCGAACACACUGCACGUUUGAGCGCUUUCCGCACGGCCAAUAUUAAUAGGAAGCGGCAAUCACUGACUAACGAGCCUGCGUUCCUCAAUCGUUCGCAGAGCAAGCCUAUCGUUGGAUUGGAGACGCCGACCGUCCAACAAAUUGUUGCACAGCCCGUCACCCCUCCCAUCACUCGGCAGCUGGUACUCGAAGAAGACGAAGAGUCGAUUAUUGCAUUUAGCAAUGUCCCGCACACGGAGUUGGAGCGACUUCGCGAAAUCGUUCGCACUCCUAAGGCUCGGGCUUCGGCGGCCGCACGUGCAGAAGGACUUCACGCAAACAUGGUGACUCCAGAGCAGAACCGUGAUCGUCCAGCACCUACUAGCAUCCUGCGAAGCGCACAUAAACAGACACCUACUCGCGGUAACAUCCGUUGGGACCCGGAGAUAGCUGGCAGUGACGAGAACUCUGUUGAACAAACCUCCAUUCCACCCGACCCAACCCUCCCUAUCCCCGUCCUUCCGAACUUUGAUAGCGAUGAUGACAUGGAAGGUGAAGAGAGCGAGAUCAAGAAAACUCCGAGGAAUCAACUCGUCGACUAUACGAUCGCCGAUACUACGAUGAAUUCAGUUGCCAGCACCAGCUUCAAUCAGCAACCGGUUAGGGAACGCAGCUUCGAGGAAGGGCAGGAUGAUGAGGAAGAAUUCCACGAAACAUUGCCUGCGGGAGAAGCAGAGGAAGAAUUCCACGAUACACUGCCUGCGGCAGAAGUAGAGGACGAGGGCGGUGCUACUGAGAUCUACCUGGACGCCUCAGCGACUGAACCAACUGGCACUCCGGAGCUCAAUACGUCUCAAAGGCUCCGGUCGUUUGAAGAGCAAGGGGACGAGGAUUUCGAUGAGGUGCCGCCUGAGGCCGAAGUGCGACCACUGGAAAACCUGGCUUCCCCUUCCACGACUUUUGUCAUUCGACGUGAUGAAGUGCUGACUGAGCCUGAGAAGCAACCGGCUGCUGAGACUGCCGAAACCAAGGACGUUGAAGAGCCGGCUGCCGAAGCCGUCGAAGAAACUGCUAAAACUAGAACCCCGUCACCACCAAAACGGCGCUCUUCAUCCAGGACCCGCGCCACGACAGAAUCCACAGCAGCUUCCGCCUCUGAAACGCCGAAAAGGCGCUCCGUUUCGCGGACCCGUACUACCAGCCAGGCAUCGGCCAGCGCAGAGACUGUCGCUGAGCAACCGCCGCCGAAAAGCCGACGCUCGACAUCGCGCGGACGUCCGACUAGCAAGGUGGCUGAGGAAAAAGAGAAGGAGGAUGCCGCUCAAACCGCUUCUACCAGUCGCAGAUCGUCCUCUAGGACUCGAGCAGCACCCCAGGAAGCAACGCCGCGAGCUUCGAGGGCCGAUGAAGCAAAGAAGGCGACCCCGGCGCGUCAACUCUUUCCAAGGAAUGCCAGCGCUGCCAAAGAUAACAAAGUUGAAGACAGGCUGCUGAAUAUCGAAGCCCUCCUCAAGAAGAAUAAGCCGGGACGGCCGAAAAGGGCAGCAUCGCAGCAGGCCGAAAGCUCCGCUGCAGCUACGCCCAAAUCAGCAGCCCGCGCUCAACGAUCUGCUUCGGCCGCUCCUGCAAAGGGCGCUGCUACACCGUCUACGCCCACUCGCCGUGGUCGUCCUCCGAAGGUUGCUUCGCCGAUUCCUGAGGUGCCUAGCACCGCUAACAAGACAAGAGUGCGCGCUGCAAGCGAAAAUAAGAAGACGCCUACGACUCCAUCAAGGCAGCGCGCCAGCCGAUCGGCCAGCACCAUCAAGAAGGCAGAAAAGACCGAUGACACGCCCAAGAAGCCUGCCGCGCGAGCCACCCCGAAGACUGCGGAGAGAAAAACACCAGCUCGAACGCCGUCUGUCGAUUCGUCCGUGUCCAUGAAGAAUGCUCGUCUACGUUCCGCCACCAAGACCAAACUCGAUGCGGUCCAAGAGGAGCGAAAGGACGACGAAAUAGCAACUCCAAAGCGCGCCACUCGUGCCACGAAGACGACAGCCGCCGCUAAGCCAUUAGAUGUUGUCGGGCUCUAUGCCAGUGCUGCCAACAGAAAGCGGGCCCAACGUGAUGAGAAGGACGACGACCAACCCACGACCUCACGCCCUGGCACUGGCGCAAAGAAAGCGAAGAAA